AUGGAUAUAUAUAUAUAUAUGUUCCCACCAUCCAUUGUCAAGUUGAAGAGGUUACAAACUCUGCGUUUACAUGGCUUUGCAUGGUUUUUUGAUGGCUUACCAACUGAAAUUGGUAACCUACAAGGGUUGAGGCAUUUAAUUGGAAACUUCAGAGGGACUUUGCCCAUAGAUAAUUUGACAAACCUUCAAACUCUGAAGAAUAUAGAUUAUGGAAGCUGGACUAAGAUUAAUCCAGUUAAAUUGAUUAAUCUUCGAGAGCUACGAAUUAUAUCAGUCAAGCCAAAUGAGGAUGCUAUCAGUUUAGACUCUGUCACCACACUCCAAAGCCUGCGGAUUUUAUCAGUUUGGCUGAAGCCUAACCAGUCCUUCACUUCACUGAAACCCCUCGGUUCACUUCUGAAGGAUGAUCCAAUGGCCUCCCUGAAGAAGUUGCCAAAUCUCACGAUUAUUGUCUUGAGCUUCAAUUCUUAUACAGGCAGGAAACUGAUGUGCUCAGCGAAGGGUUUUCCGCGGCUUGAAAUUAUGCAAUUUGAUUUGGAGGAAUUAGAGGAGUGGCAAGUAGAUGAAGAUGCUAUGCCUAUGCUCAGGGGAUUGAAAAUGAUGGAGAACUCCAAGUUGAAAAUUCCGGAAAGACUAAGAUCAAUCCCUCUUCCAGGAGAAUGGGAAUGCGAAGAUGGAAGAAUACCUAUUAAUAACUCGAGCUACAUCCAAGUUUGA